GCCUGGCUUUACAUGCCACCACGCCAGUGUGAGCGAGUCUACCAAAAAUCGCGGAAAUUCAACCAGCACUUCCAGCAUGACCGACUCUUCCUCUGUACCGCCGGGAACUGAGGAGAAAAAACCCGUGCACACCAUAAUCCUCGACGCUUCGCCUCUCCUGCUCAACACGCCCGGGAUUUCCACCCUCCUCGCCCACGGCCAUGUCCUGGUGACCACGCCCUCUGUCCUCGCCGAAAUCAAAGCCGAGGAGGCAAGGAACAGGGUCGAAACACUCUACAAGCCCUUUCUGACCGUCCGGUCGCCGAAUCCCGAGAGUGUGAAGAUCGUGAAGGACUUUGCGCGCAAGACGGGCGACGGCGCCGUGCUCAGUCACACGGAUUUUGAGAUUUUGGCGCUGGCGUACGAGAUCGAGUGCGAAAGGAAUGGAGGUGACUGGAGGCUGAGGACGACACCGGGACAGAAAAGACUUAAUGGGGCGCCUCCGCCACCGCAGAAUGAGGUGAAGGCAGAGGACGGUCAAGAUCAGACUCCGAACACAGAGGAUGUCGUGGAGGAUGUGCAAGAGGAAGCAGAAAAUGCGCUGGAUUCUAUUGAGGAAAAGGUGGAUAACCUGAGGCUCGAGGAGGCAGAAGCCCAUAGGGAACGAGCAGAAGCAGGCGAAGCCAUCGAAGUCAACGACGAAACCACAGAGGCAGCAACGCCACCUUCAGAGCAGCACCAGACAGGGAUAUCAUCCACACAACCAAUAGAGUCCGAAGGCUCAGACUCCGACGAAGGAUGGAUCACCCCUUCCAACAUCAAACGCCGACAAGCCCAGGACGAGUCCGCCAGCAGCGGAGCGUCUAAAUCUUCACCCAAACAUCUCCAGGUAGCCACCAUGACCGGCGACUUCGCCAUGCAAAACGUUCUCCUCCAAAUGAACCUAAACCUCAUCUCCACCAAGACCUGCCAACGGAUCUCCCAGAUCAAGCAAUUCAUCCUGCGGUGUCACGCAUGUUUCUCCACCACCAAAGACAUGUCGAAACAGUUCUGCUCGCGGUGCGGGAAACCCUCACUGACCAGGGUAACGUGUACAACAAAUGAUAAAGGAGAAGUGAAGCUGCAUCUGAAGAGGAAUAUGCAAUGGAACAACAAAGGCAAUGUCUUUUCAGUCCCCAAACCCACGAGUGGGAGCGCAAAUCAGAAAUGGCAAGGGCCGAGGCACGGGGGAGGAGGUAAGAGCGGAUGGGGCAAUGAUCUGAUUUUGGCAGAAGAUCAGAAGGAGUACGUAAGAGCCAUGGCGAAGAUGAAGAGGGAUACCAGGAGAGAGAAGGAUCUGAUGGAUGAGGAUAUCCUGCCCGGCAUCCUGUCAGGCGACAGAGGUCAUACCGCGGGACGGCCCAGGGUAGGGGCUGGUCGAAAUGUCAACUCGAGAAAGCGGUAGGAGACUUGAACUUGUCAAAGAGUGUAUUGACUGCGCCGUAUGAUAAUGAUAUCCCCAAAUCUUGUCUGGA